AUGGCCACGAUGGACGAAUCGAACGCUUCUUAUACACAUUCUUUUCACAGCUUCUCGGCUUCGUCUCAGCCAGACGUGGUCACCAUAGCAUUCCAUAACCCGACAACCUACCAUCGUCUUUCGCGUUCACUGAAUGACCUCGACCUCAUCAUGAAGAAGAACGAUAUUGCUGGGCUCGGUGCUCAUUACCACAUCUAUUCGACAUCCAGCUUCGACAGCAACUGGAUCCCUGCGCGGCCACUUGAACCACCCAAUCCACCACCCGUCCGGAUCCCAACGCCAUCUGGACUGCCUCCAUUUGGAAGCUGGGAAGCGACCUUACUCCGCCUAGAACGACGGCUUUGGAGCAGAACCUCCUUGACACUCCGCCAGUGGUUGCGCUCGCACGACGAGAGCUGUGAGCAAGAUGUCACACCUAUGAACGCGCAAGUAGACAGAAUCUCACCAGUCUGCUCACCACAAUCACAGCCGCAAAGGCCGCAUGAUGGUCAUCCCGACCCAAGAGAUCUCCUCAGACGGACAUUAGUGGCGAUUGGCAUGUCUCGCGUGCUCGACCCAAACACAAUCGAACGCGCAUCGUUGUCAAAUCCGCACACCUCUCCCCACGAGCAAGCACCAUCCUCUGUAUCCAAGAUAGUCCUUCCUCCUUGGGUAUACAUGGCCAAUCGUCCUGGGCCGUUGGCUCGAGCUCAUGAUGGAACCUUUGUCCGAGGGUCCUUCGGGCUCCGUUUCAGCGGUCACGGCAUUGGGGAGAGAAACAUCGAGGACCUUCCUUUGGCAAGAAUGGAAAAGACGGAUCCCGAACCAGCUGAGAUACCAGCCACAUUGGUAGCGUUGCGGAGAACGGAUGCGACUAGCGGGCACAGGAGUGCCAGUGCGAUUGGCCCUGCUAUGGAGGAAGAGGAGGAGAGUAAAUGUGACAGCUGCUGUGCCAAGUUUUGCAUGUGGAUUUGGGGUAUACCGGCGAGCGGCAUGAUGGCAUAA